AUGGGGAAUAUGAAAAGACGGAGCGCGAGAGAGCGGAGAGAAAAGUGGGCAGGUCUGGUGGACGCCUCCCCCCACCUCCUGCUCCGGCCCAGUCCGCGGGAGCGUGAUGCAGGGGCCAUGAUGAACUUCAACAUCGCUGUGAUCCACGCCGGUGCUACGGUGCAGGCAGAGGCAGCGGUGGCGGGGCCUGGGGGAAGGGUGCUCUACCCCGGUUUUGGCCGGGUAUACGGCUCCCUGGGGGAGAGCGUGGUCACCCAGUGGGGCUCUGCUAACGUCAUCUGGCUACAGGUGAAUGACAGUAGUCCUAAGACGGUGCUCUCCCAGCUGUGUGAGCUGCUGGCGGCACGGCCCCUGCAAGGCCUGGUUUAUGAAGAGGAGAGGCCCCCGCGCACAGCCUGGGGUCCUUUGGCCCCCAUGCUGGAGUUUGUCUCUGCGCAAACAGGACUGCCCAUAGUGGCUGUAGGAGGGGGAGCGGGGCUGGGGAGGAUGCCACAGGAAUCAGGUUCCAUCUUUCUCCAGUUCAGCUCCUCUACUGCCCUCCAAUUAGAGGUCAUCUUUGAGGUGCUGGAGGAGUAUGAUUGGACAGCCUUUUCUGUGGUGUCCACGCGUCACCAUGGCUACCAAGAUUUUCUGUCGGUGGUGGAGGGGCUGACGGACGGCUCGUUCAUCGGUUGGGAGAAGAAGAGUGUGGUGAUCCUGAACGUGACUGACGACCCUGGGGGGUCACGCACGCGCAGGCUGCUGAAGGAGAACGAGGCGCAGGUACGUUUGCUGUACUGCUCCCAGGAAGAGGCUGAGCUGGUUUUUCGAGCUGCAUGGGCCGCCGGUCAGGCCGGAGCCUCACACAUGUGGUUUGCUGUGGGGCCAGCUCUCUCAGGUUUAGGCAUGGAGAACCUGCCCCGGGCUUUGUUUGCUGUGCGGCCGCAGGGCUGGAGGGACGAACCUCGCCGGAGGAUUGCUCGGGGUGUGUCUGUGCUGACUCAUGGGGCAGUGGCGAUGCGCAAGGAUUACGGAACAACGGGUGGGCCAAACUUUGUCACCAACUGCGUGACGGAUGCCAAUCAGACCCAGAGACUGCGGGGCAGGAUGAGGUAUUUCAGCAACAUCACACUCGGUGGGCGGGAUUACUCCUUCAAUAGUGAUGGUUACCUGGCCAACCCCUUCUUGGAUGUAAUUUCCUGGACACCAGGACGUGGAUGGGAAGAUGUAGGCUGGUGGGAGAAUGGCGUACUGAGGCUGCGGUACCCAGCCUGGUCUCGCUACGGGCCAUUCCUUAAACCACCUGAUGAUGCCCAGCACCUGCGCGUUGUCACACUGGAGGAAAGGCCAUUUGUUAUUGUUGAGCUGGCAGACCCUGCAUCUGGGACUUGCAUCCGUGACUCAGUGCCCUGCAGACGACCCCUUAAUGCCAGCGCCAUCCAUGAGGGUGUAGCUCCCAUGAAGCAAUGUUGCAAGGGCUUCUGCAUUGACAUCCUCAAGAGAUUGGCUAAGAUUGUCGGCUUCACCUAUGACCUUUACUUAGUGACCAAUGGGAAACACGGGAAGAAAAUUGAUGGGGUUUGGAACGGCAUGAUUGGAGAGGUGGUGUACAAGCGAGCGGACAUGGCCAUUGGCUCGCUGACUAUUAAUGAGGAGAGGUCAGAGGUCGUGGAUUUCUCCGUCCCUUUUGUGGAGACAGGGAUAAGCGUCAUGGUCUCCCGUAGCAACGGAACUGUAUCACCCUCCGCUUUCUUAGAGCCCUACAGCCCAGCGGUGUGGGUGAUGAUGUUCGUCAUGUGCCUGACUGUGGUGGCUGUGACUGUCUUCAUUUUUGAGUUCUUCAGUCCCGUGGGCUACAACCGCAGUCUGCAAAAUGGCAAGAAGGCUGGAGGUUCUACCUUCACCAUAGGAAAAUCUGUAUGGCUUUUAUGGGCAAUUGUCUUCAACAACUCUGUGCCAGUGGAGAACCCCAGAGGAACCACCAGCAAGAUAAUGGUGCUGAUCUGGGCCUUCUUUGCUGUCAUCUUCCUGGCCUCGUACACAGCUAACCUGGCUGCCUUCAUGAUCCAGGAGGAGUACAUUGACACAGUGUCAGGCCUCUCGGACAAGAAGUUUCAGCAUCCCGAGGAGCAGUAUCCACCUCUGAAGUUUGGCACAGUGCCCAACGGGAGCACAGAAAAAAACAUCCGCUCCAACUACCCAGGCAUGCACCAGUACAUGGGCAAAUACAACCAGAGAGGAGUGGAGGACGCCAUAUUGAACCUCAAGACCGGGAAACUGGAUGCUUUUAUUUAUGAUGCUGCAGUAUUGAACUAUAUGGCCAGGAAGGACGAAGGUUGUAAGGUGAUGACCAUAGGCUCGGGGAAGGUUUUUGCCACCACAGGCUACGGUAUCGCCCUGCACAAAAACUCACGCUGGAAACGUCCUCUUGACCUGGCCCUGCUGCAGCUGGUGGGAGAUGAUGAGAUUGAGAUGCUGGAGCGCCUCUGGCUGUCAGGUAUCUGCCAUAAUGACAAAAUUGAGGUGAUGAGCAGUAAACUAGACAUUGACAACAUGGCUGGGGUAUUCUACAUGCUGCUGGUGGCCAUGGGCCUCAGUCUGCUGGUGUUUGCCUGGGAACACUUGGUCUACUGGAAGCUGCGCCACUGCAUGGCCACCAGCUCUGGCAAAUUGGACUUUCUCCUGGCAAUCAGCAGGGGCAUGUAUAGCUGCUGUAGCUUUGAGGAUGAAACAGCGCCAGGCGGAGUUAAAUCUUUGCCCACUCAUCAUCAUACUGCGAUGGUUACAGUCCCUUCUCAGCCACAUGUUGUCUCAACGUCUAUGACAAACCCAGCCAUUGCCAUGGCGCAACAGCAGCAACAACCACAACAACAGCAGCCACCGCCCGUCUACAAAACACCUCUACCGGGCUCUCCUCCCACCGUGGUGCAUUCUGGUACAGCACUGGGUCCCUCCAACACCCCCAUUGCUGGUGCACCCCUCCCUUGCUCCACUUUCCUGCCCCGGCCAGACCGCAGACUGGCUGUGGUGGAUCGCUGGAGGCUACCCAAAUCUGCAACAGCCACCAACCCUAUGGCUGUAAGAGGGGCCAUCACUGACAUGGGACCCUUUGCUCAGAAAGUCCCACCAAACUGGGCUUCAACUGCUGGAGGGGGUGGGGGACUCGAUGGCUAUAAGAGAUACUAUGGUCCCAUUGACCCUGAGGGACUGGGGCCCUGCAUGGAGCAGCAGGCAGGGUCCCAGACCCCCAAGACUAUGCCCAGGGGGGCCGUGAAACCUCUGGGAACUCCCAGACUGCCUCCUAAGAGUCAGGCCCCUCUGCCUCCUACACCCCCACUGCCACACCCCUCUCCCCCUCUCCCCUCAUCCUUCUGGAGAAAGCGCAGGCCCAAGAAGCCCAAAGAGCCUGGAGGGCCGCUGUACGAGAACAUUCUACCCCUGGGGCGGAGGGGAGGAGCACGAGAUGGAGUGAGAGAGGGAGGAGGGAGGAGGGCACGCCCCCUUUCUCCCCCACUCUCACUUCCUGUGCCAGUUCCCCUCAGCCCCUCCUAUACCCCCCCUUCUCCUUCCGCAUCCUUGCACUAUACUUCCUCGUCCUCGUCGUCGACCACCUCAUCCACAACCACAUCCUCGUCUGCAUCAUCUUCUCGCUCCACCUCUCCCACUUACUCUUACAGCUCCUCCAGGAGUACACGAGACAGGACUGGAGGAAUAGAUGGAGAGGAUGAUGAUGAUGAUGAGGAGCUGACAGAAGAGUCAAGCCUCCUCCUUGGGAGGGGGAGAGAGAGGGAACGCUCAAUCAUCAGGCCUCGUUCCCUCAGCCACGGGCGUCUGCCACCACCCAUACCCCCCAGGAAACCACGCACAUCCUGGGGUGACAGAGAAAGGGAACGGGAGAGGGAGAGAGGGGGCAGCCAACUGUCUCAACUUCAAGAGUGGUGGGCAAGCUGGAGUGAGAGAGAAAGGAGUGGAGUGGGUGGCGAUGCUGAGAGGCAAAAAAGGGAAAAGAAGAGGAGAAAAGAGAAGGAGAAAGAGAAGAAGAAAAAGAAAAAGAACAAAAAGAGGAAAAAGAGGGAAGAAAGGGAAAGAGAGCGUGAGAGAGAAAGGCAGAGGCGAAAGGUGAAAAAGAAGAAGAAGAAGGCACAUCGUACCCCCAGUAAGCGCUACCCCAACCUCAACAAACUCCCCGCAUCAGUUAAAUUUUGGGUGAAUGGUAGAGGUGAUGACUCUAAUACUCCUCCCACAUCCCUCCACCCGCUCCUUCCUUCCUACAAGCGGCGAAGGAGUGGAGGGAUGGACAGGGAUGACAGUGGUAGAGUCGGAGAGCGGCGUCCUUUGUUAAUGCAUUAUGAAAAAGAGAAAGCACAGACAAGAGAAGGGCUGUCCUUCCAUGAGUGGGACUCUGAGGAUGAUGAUGAUGAGGACGAAGAUGAGAGGGAAAGAGUGAGGGAGAGGGUGGAGGAGAGGGGAAGGAGGGCAGGUAGGGGGGCAGUGUCUGAAUCAGAGAGGGACAGAGCAAGGGCAGAGGACAGUUACUCAGAUGAGGGCUCGUCAGGUGAGUUUGGUCGCUUUGAAAGGUACUGGGAGGGAGGUGCAGGGGGGAGCAGCACUGGAAUUGGGGGCAUAGGUGGAGGAGGCUGGUUCUUUGGUACGUACCCCUCCAGAGAGAAAGGGGGCAGUAUCAACAGUCGUGAUGAUUCCUUACUAGGAACAAGGGCAGAGGGCUGGAUUGGUACUGAUUUCUGGGGGUCAGGGCCAGGUGUAGGUUGGGGAUCAGCGGGAGGGAGUGGGGGGCUGGGCUCACAUUGGCCUCCACCUCCGACAUCCUUCCCUCCACCUAGAAGAUACUGGUCUAUGGACAAAAUCCCUGUGAAAGGAGAGAAAAAGUGGAAGAGUGAAGGAGUGAAGAGCAAGGGGAGAGCUAGGGACAGAGGGGAGGAGGCAGAGCGGGCCACCAUGUGUUCCUGUAGCCUCUACCCCCAACCCCAUCCUUACCCGCACCCCCACAGCCGCUCGCACACCUCCCACUCCAAGAGAGGAGCCACUGCGCUUUCGCAUAGCCAGGAAGAGCUUCUCCCCCACUGCCACAGCUUCAGCGGGGGCUCUCGUCCCAAGCCUCUGCCUCCCAAACCAGAUCCCAGUCAGCCCAAAUCAGGCAGCCAAUCUAACCUCAGCCUCAGCCUCAGCACACAGCCCACAGACCAUCCGCCUCUGCCCUCACCGUCGCCACCCCAGCAGCCGUCCAUGUCUCCCACCUCCCUCCCAAUGCCCAUCCCGCCUCCGCCCUCCUCAUCCUCCGUCUCACCACCAGCAGGGGUAGGGAUGGCCGGCCAGGGCCAGGCUCAGGCUUCGGCCAGUGCCAAACUCCAGUAUCAGAGACUGCGCUCUGUGCCACAGCCACGGAGGUUCUAUUCCCCUCACCUGCCACUUAAAGCCAAGAGUCUGUGCUCACGCCGAGGGUCUGCCCACUUCUCCAGCCUGGAGAGUGAGGUAUGA